UUAGUUUAUAACUGAAAAUUAAUUUAUAUAUAAGAAUACCCAUUAAUGAGUAAAUAAAUGAAACAGCAAGGCAAACUGAAUGGAGAUAUAAAUUAUUUGUAACUCGAAGAUCAAUGCAAGCAAGAUGUUGACGUCGACACACAAGCAGUUCUGAUGAAAAGAGAAUACAUAUUCUUGAAAAAAAUCAAAUAAAUUGAAAAACCGUAUCGCACUACGCAACGACCGCAGGAAGUCAUCUAAUAAAAAUAUGAGUUUCUGGCGAGGUGAGAAUAUGCUACAUGAUGUUGUCAAGGGUUAAAAUUAAUCUUUUUUGACAAAAAUAAAUAGAAGCUUCUUAUUUUACUCGAUUGCCGCUGAGAAAAUUUGUAUUAUUCACAAAAAAAACCCUAUGAGAACACAAGAACUGUCAGAUACAUCUUGUUGACAAAAGCGCAUCUCUGUCAAAGAUCGAAGGAAGGAUCGAUAUCGCUGGCUAAGAAUGGUUUCUCGUCGAUAACACAGUGAAUCACGAGAGCAAAGCACACAGUUGGCCGAGCAAGAGGAAAAAGAGCUGUUGUGCAGCUCUAAUGGGAGAUGGCGACGCGGUUUGUUUUCCUUCCUUGGUUGGUGUACACUCAAAGAGCAGCCGGUUAUGUGCCUUGUCCACGGACAAACUCGCGCAUAUUCUGUCUCAGAAUCGCAUACCCCACCAAAAUCUAUGUUUGCAGUUUCCACCACGGCGGUAGUGGCAUGUGAUCCACGUACACUCCCCUCUUGCUCAUUAGUGAAGACUGAAACCAGGUCUAGAUUUUAGUACGCAUCAGAAUCUCCGACUAUGAGAAGUUUUCACACGUCCAAUCGUAUUUUCUGUAGAUUUGUAUCGAACGGUCAUCAUGACGGAGGUUUCUCAGCACGCGAAAUUUCGAUGUGAGUUCUGGGUUCUACGAUAAACACAUAUGUGUACGGUGUCAUUCAAUAAAAACCACGUGUAUACUCGAUUCUUUCUUUCAUAUUUGGUUAUGACGUCUUUUGUCUAUGACGAUACCAAUUGUGCCUUGAACGCGAAACGAAUGAUACACCGUUUUAUCAAGGGGUUCCUGUCUUUAUAUUUUUAUUCGUACCGUGUAUAUGUCAUCCACGAAGAUCCGUUUUGCUAUGUGAACGCAAGUGCGACACGCAAUCGGAUUUCUUCUGCGUCAUCAUUACUAUGACGCUCCUUCUGCAUUGCUUCAAAACAACUUCCUACCUUUCUUAAUGCUUCAAAUCUUAAUAUUCAAAUUACAUACCGCUCAAUUUAUUACCACUUUCACUGUUACCUAUUGUCUUUUGUCUUGUUUUCGGCCAGAUUUACAGUAUAUACCGCGUAUCGUGGCGUUGCUUCAUGACGCAUUGACUGCGUCUACCAAAGAUUUACGCGCGUUGCAACUGCGCGCGCAGCCAAUUUUCUCAUUUGCCCAUCACCAUCCUUUCCUAUAACUCUCUAUCUUCGUUUCGAUUCUAUAUCUUUUUUCAUUUCUAAGUAACUACUAUGACAAUGCGAUUAUCCCAUAAACAUAACAUGAUUUCACUGUCCAUAUAACUAAAUUGUUCGUCUCGUUUUUAUAAUCACCCAAUGGACUUAUCUCGAUGCACUCGAGCGAUUCGAAGAAAUGGAAUGCGCGGUCGUGCGCGCCUAUCCACGUGUUCCCGUACUAUUAAAUUGCGCACGUUCGAAUUGUUAUUCCUCCCAUUAUCUUGUUCUUCUACCAUACCGUUUCUUAUUUUUCUUUCCACCAUGUCAACCGGUCUGCGUCUGCCCCAUUCUUCGAGACACAACAUUCCUCCGCCGAUAUAAUAAGCGUCUAAUAGGAAUCAUUACCACGACCACAGUGAUAAUAAUCGCGAGUCAUGCAGGUAGUAGCACAGCGAUUUUUCCCUCCCGUUUUGCGGAUGUCCACAGGGACCGAGAACCUCACCUGCCGGUUUAUUCAGCUCCGAAAGGAAAAUGGAAAGCUCUUUACCGGACGCAAAUAUUCAGCCCAAGCUGGAUGGGAGUAUAUUUUGCAACAGAUGAGAGAAGAAUUUCCUACUAUAAUGGCUAACGUACAUUACAAAGUGCUGAAGAAGAAAUGGUCGAACCUGUUGCAGCAGUACAAAGAACUGAAGAAUCCGGUUCACGGAGACAGAAACAAUGUGAAUGACGUUUCAUGGCCGUUCUACAAUGCGAUCGACGAAGUUCUUGGAUACGAUCGGGGAUCUACGCCGAUCGGCGAUGAGUACAUCGAUCCCCACGAAUUCCUUUGCGUCUCCGUGACACCGGAAGAGCCCACCUCGUCCGUGGACGCACUUCCUGCGCAAUCUAAUCCGGAAAUCGACCGUCGAAUCAACGAUUCGUUUCCGGAACGGAGGUUAAGGGCGCUUAGUGCCAACUGCACGAUUGAGAUCCAGAAAGUACGACCUUCUGGUGUUAACAGACAGAUGAACAAAAAUUUCGCAAAGAGGAAACGAACCACACGGAACGUCGCGGUCGCGAUGCCACGGCUACCACGUGCCACAGAACUAACGAUUGAGAAAGUGACGUCAGAGACGGACUGCACCAAGGAUUUAUCCAGACUACGUGGAAGGGAUGCCGCGUCGACUCAGGAAGACAAAGAGAGGUUAGAGCGUAACGAGGAUGAGGGGAUGCCUAGAAAGUCACGAAAAAGCCGUAUGGCAGCACCGUAUUGUGAUGAUCGCGAUUCACGGACCGAUCGCCGUAUCGAGCAGAUCUUUGAAUAUAUCAAACGACGAGACGAAGAGAAUAAAUCUAUCAUGGUACGAGUGAUGCACGCGGUGGAGAGCAUCGCUAACAAGCUAUGACACUGCUGUAGAUAUAGAAGGGGAGGGGAUGAAACCGUAUCUGACUACUUUCUAGAAAUUAUGCAAUCGGUUGAUUAAUGAUGCGAUAAUAUUAUAUGGACGCUUAUAUGGACCACUCUUUACGUAUUCCUUUUAUUGAAGAUAAUGUAUUAAAUAUCUUUGAGAUAAAUGUAUGAAUGAAAAUAUGAAAAUAUUUUUGACUUGUUUUAUAUAUGUUUAAUUAAUUGUAAGAGAGGUUAGGUGUGUAAAUUAUCGGAUUUUUGAGAAUAAACGUGGAGCAGUAAUGAAAGAGAUUUUCUUUCAGAAAUAUUACGGGGCUGUUACUGGUGGGUGUAAAGUUCAAUCGCAUAGUAAAUUAGACUUAAGUUUAUAUACAAAUUUAAAUUUUAAGGUGGAAUUCGAUAUUGUUAAUAAACGAUGUUUUCAAAGAUAAA